GAUUUAGGCCUCGAUCCGAAUUACCGUGCACCUGCCUGGAAAGUAUGGAAGUUGAAUAUCACCGCUAUAGAUGUUGUUGCGUGGACCAACGCAGUAACUGAGUCUUUUUGCACCGAUAGUGGCCUAGUCCUCAAGGAGCGUGAUGCAAAAAUAGUUGCUAUGCUCAAAGCAUAUAAGGGCACACGUGGUCUGGAAUUCUUGCUUGAAUACCAGAUCGUUGUUGGUAUUCUUCAAAGCUUUGUGACCCCUGUUGUCGUACUCAUCUUCCUGGUCCUAGCCCAUUACACAUUUGACCCGUGGAUGUCUAAGAUCUCCAGCUGGGGCUGGGAUACGCUGAAGGAGGACUGGAAAGGCCACGAUGACAAGGUCAUGGUACUCGCCAUCUACUGCGUGGACCGUGUUAUUACAGGCGGGUGGGCAUUACUCCUGACUUUGUUUUGUCUGGCGUGGUGCUACGGCGACGACGACGACGGUACACCCUCAAAUGCAGGCGAGCCAAUAUUCAUCUUGACGAGUCUUGGUAUCUUUGCAACCACAGCCAAGGUACUUGUAGCUCACGUUACUGAUGACGAGUUAGCCAGUGCGGUCAUCUAUAACAGCUUUCUCGUAGAUGCCGCUAUUUAUAUAUUCAUCCUGCUCUUCAUGUUCGAAAUGCAUUGUAUCGGGGAGCAAGUAGACGCAACAGCCCUCGCCAUCGUGCAACAGCUCGAGAGCUGAUGGCUCAUCGAGCACCAUUUCUGACAGAGGAACGCGGAAUUUUCACGCUCAAGACGUGGCAUAAGCCGCUGGCACUGUUCACAGGCAUUGGAUAUUGCACGUCUCGCAAGUGGAUGAAUCUCUGGGAAAGGUUUAUGGGACGGCGUAGUGAACAGGGUGAACGAAUUGGGCUUUUGGAGGAUUUUGAUGGUGAAGACGUCAGCAUGUCUCCCCC